CGUGAUGUGGAGAGAUUUCCUUCGGAAAUCAGUGGGGUAAGGAUAGUUGAUGUAUCUUUGAGCCGGUAAUUGUCACAUGCCUAGUUUUUCGGUGAUAAACGCGAAGUAGAGUGACCGUGAUCUCAACACGUUAGGAUGCUAAAGCCGAAAGUUCUGAACGAAAUCUUGGGCCAGGCAAUCAGUGGAGGAGUCAUAAGCUCACUUUCGGCAUCUGGAUAUCCUGCACUUGGAUCUUCUGCUCGUGAUUCGAGCUCUAGAUCCAGCUCUGGCUCCUCAGUGAUAUUUUCUUUCUUUGUUCAGGAGGGAAAAGUUGUCAUAACAAGGGUGGCUAAUCUAAUCCUGUGUCUUUAUGCACAACAAUCUGUAGGACUUGGAAUGCUCAAAGCAAAGGCAGAGGCAUUAGCUGGAUACCUUGAGCAACCACUAAAACAAGUUGCAACAUCAUGACAAGAUGAUUUAUAUAUCAAAUGAAUUUACCCAUACAUAGACCUAGGUUUACAAAACUAUUAAACAUUACCUAGUGAAUAUGAUUUACUAGAAAUCUUGAACUCUUGCUUCACCUUGUGCUGCCUUGAUUUAGAUUAGUCAAUCCUCUGUUGGAGUUGAAGGGUUCAAAACUUUCAGAAGUGGUUAGAAAGUAAUCUAUCAUCUCUGUCUAAUAAAAACUCACUAGCCUUCAUUUGGUCUGAAAAUGUUCUAAGGUAAUAGUCCAUGGACAAUGUCUGUUCCAAGAAGUGAACAGUAAUACUGUUAAUUGAAGGCAGAGCCUGAAGAAAACUGUGAGCCUCAAGGAACAGAUGUCCAAGGGCUAAUAUACAAUCAACAUAUCCAUGCCAAGAUGAAGCUAUUGUAUUUCAUAUCCAUCAGAUAUAUUUCGAAGCAUAUUAAAUGAAAUAUGCACAAUUCACUGAUACCAGAAGACUUUUAAUGCUUUAUUAAUGUGUGGUUUGAAAAUUAGGGAACAUUAUUGGAUAUUCCAAAGUUUUACCAGUGGCAUAUUUAGUCACCUGGUACAUCUAAGCCAAUUAUGCCUACUGUAAAACUAAAAUGUUUGAUGGAAGUCAUUUCCAGUGAUCAGGCACAAGGUCUUAUAUUGAUGUAAAUCCAAAUUCUGGCAACUGAUUUUAAGGAGUGUGUAGCAGUCAAAAAGGAGAAUUAAAAAUUGAAUUGAGAGUAGUUAAGAGUCAGAGUAAAUUUGGUGGUGGAAUUCACAAAUGAAGCUGAUUAUUACAAUGUGUGAAAGACGAUCAGAUACAUCGUCUUCAAGUGUUAAAAUAAAAUAUGCAAGUUAAAAAAGAAAUGUGGAGUUGAGUUGUCAAAACAUCCAACAUGUUAGUGUUGGGAACAUCAACGUUUUUUUAAACUUCAGUGUGAUGUGAUUCUCAGGUGACAUUGGUCACUAUCAGGUUGCAAGAAUCUCCAGGUUAUUAUGAGUGUAAUUCCUGCUGCCCUUGCUGAAAGCAAAUGCUAAUAGGGUGUUUAGCCAGAGUCUGCAGAAUUUAAAUAAACUGUUUGAGAGUACUAAGUGUUUUGUUCUUAUUCUUUUAUUUGCCAUUUGAAAGUCUUAUUUGUCAAACUGAGCCUGCAGUAAUUUUUGUGAAUGGACACUAAGUAACAAUAUUACUUUGCAGAAUGUUUGCCAAUGCUUUCUAUUUCUAAGAAUAAUUUUUUUGGAGAAAAAAAUAUCAAUAUUUCUACCACCCUAGGACUAGCGAAAAGGAUGUUAGCUCAUGGACUUAGCACAACAUCGACUAUGGGAUAGCAUAACUAAGCACUUAUCACAUUCAUGCAGGUGUGCAUAUGAGAUGGGAAUCUGAUAAGUGAUGCCAAGUAAACUUCUAAAAAACAUUCAUGUAAGCUACAUGUAACAUGAAGCCAAUAUGUUCCUUGAUGGAGUGAAAUUUGGUUAAUAUUUUAUUUGUAACAACAGAAUUACAGUUUCCCAUUAAAUCAAAGUGUUCAACUACAAAAACACUACAUGCACAGUUUUGUGUUUCCCUUAAAAUACUCAACAACACAAAUCAAAUACAAACUGUACAAAAAUUUCUAAAUGUAACAGUUUUCAUCAUCAAAACUACAUUUGACUAAAACUCUCAGAUAGCUACUGACUUUGAUUAGAAUAGCGAGAACCUCAUAUUAACUCUGCCAUUUUGAACUGCUAUUCUGUCUUUGGUUGAGACAUUCAAGCCCUUAAACACAAAAAA